AUUUUGAGAAUUUUGAUCGCAGAAGAAACUUUUAUCGCGUUAAGUGUCAAAAAAACCCGCCAAAACGAUAACAUGUUCGGAUUUUCACAGUAAACCGUGCGGCGAUAACGUAAAAACAAAAAAAACAACAGACAGGCUGAACAUACAAUACAUUGUCUUCUAUUAUUCGAAAGUUUUUAAGACAAAGGCAAUAACAAUAAUCGAAGAGCAGAAGGACAAUAGAAACAUAUUUAAAAAACAAUAGACGAUAUGUUUAUCUUAGACAUUCGAAAUUAUUUUCAUGGUAUUUACAUUUUGACUCAAAUUUAUUAUUAUUUGUAAUGUGUUUUUAUUUGAACUUUGCCAACAUAUUUUUAUUGUAAUAGUUGAGGAGGGUAAACAACGUUCUCCUGUGACGAAAGUAUAUUGAUUAAAAACCUUUCACGAAGGUUGAAACAGCGCGUCAGUAAGAAGAAAAGAAAGUUUAACGCAGAAAAGUUAUGGGAGUUUAAACUGUUGAAAUUAUGGAGAUAAAUACAUACAUGAUUGUGACCAUAAUACUAUUGGGAAUUGCUGACGAAUCUCAAUGUGCAUGUGAUGGUGCAUUGGGUAUUGCGUUCACUACACCAAAAGAAUCUCAAGUGCCAGAUACUCAACUAUCAGCAUCGACAUCGCAAGAUUUAAUGAAAAUUAUUUAUGGGCGUUUAAAUUACAUACGUAGAGGAAAAGAAUUUGGAGUUUGGUGUGCGACUGAACAUGACAAAAAUCCUUGGUAUCAGAUUGAAUUUAAGAAAAUGACAUCCGUAAACAAAAUUGAAUUGGGAAUGAGCCCAUUUGUUGGAUAUUAUGUGGAAACAUUUAUGAUAAAACAUAGUUAUGAUGGUAUAACAUGGCACAAUGUUUCAACAGAUGGUAAAGUUAAGGUCUACAAUGGUUUUGAGCCGACCAGUGACAAAUAUUCAACAAUAGUAAACAACUUGGAAACAGAUGUUUUGGGACGCUAUUUUCGAAUUUAUCCUCUUUCAUGUUAUGAUACGUGCUGCUUAACAACUGAACUUUACGGUUGCUUUGCUGGAAAGGAUUGCGAUAAACCUAUUGGAAUUUCCAAUCCCAAUGUGAUAACAAACGAUAGUUUUGCUGCGUCCUCCUCAUACAUGCAUCAUCAACCUUCAGAUGGAAGAUUGAAUAAUAUGAACAUCAGCCCUCCAAGUCAUUGGGGUGCUUGGUGCGCCAAUGAAAAUGACCUGACACCUUGGUUACAAAUUGGUUUUACUUAUCCGCGAGAAAUAUUAAAAAUAGCAACACAAGGUCAUCCAUACACCAACAUGAAUGCAUGGGUGAAAAAAUACAAGUUGAACUACAGUACUGAUGGGAACACAUGGCAGGAAUACAACAAGGUUUUUAUUGGAAAUGUUGAUGGAAAAUCAAUCUCAACACAAACAUUUGCCAAACCAUUUACUGUUCAGUAUAUUCGUAUACGACCUUUAUCAUGGCAGAGUCUUCCAUGCCUAAGAGUGGAAAUUUAUGAGUGUGUUCCACAACCUGAAUUUGUACCAAAGCUUGUAAUUGGAUUAAAAGACACGACAAUUGCACGUGGGGAAGAGUUCAACUUGAAGUGUGCUUUUACUGGGCACCCUGGGAUAACUCUGGUAUGGCAUUUGAAUGGUGUGUUUUUACCAACAGAUUCUCGCAUAAGCACUGCGCAAAGCUAUACAAACAGAACAAUGACUGCAACAUUGCAAUUCAAACGAAUAAAAGGUGAAGAACAUGGUGCAGUGUUUACAUGUUUAGCUUGGUAUCCUCACUUAAAUGAUCUUCAAUCCUCUUCAACAGCUGUCAUAAAUGUGUUAGCACCUAUACCAAAUGUUAAAAUCAGAAACAUUUCUUCAACAUCAUCAGAAUUCAUCAUUAGUUUCACUGGACCACUAACGAAGGAUGUUGAGGGUUAUACAAUACGACUCACAUCAAAAAAGGAAAAGCUUCAACUAUCUAUUCCAUUCAGUAAUGUUAGUUAUUUUGACAUGGUUGAUUUGCAUCCAUAUAGGAAUUAUUCUGUUGAAGUUGCAAUGCUGUACACAGAAGAUGAAGUGGGGGACUUUUAUUCAAGAAGAAAAUUCACCACCCUAGAAGAUCGCCCAUCUGGGACACCUCUAGAUUUACAUGUUACAAAAAUUGCUCACGACACAUUGCAUUGUUUUUGGUCAUUACCUGAUGAAGACAAAAGAAAUGGGAUCAUUACACAUUAUGAAGUCAGAUAUUUCAAGUCUGUCAAACAAAAUAAAGCUGUAGAAAAAGUAGUGAUUAAGUACAAGCUUACAAAUUUCACUUCAGCUACCUUAUAUCAUCUCGAAGCAGGAGCAAAUUAUGAAGUUUCGGUGCGUGCAUUCACAAAAAUAGGUGAGGGACCGUUCAAUCAUCCACCAACAUUGAUAUUUACUGGCAAAGCAACGGAAGAGUUAAACUCUAUAAAAGAGAUGGUGAUUACAGAAGGCAAUGCCGCAGCUGUUGGCAACCGCUUAAAAAAUAUCACAGCCGAUCCAAACUUUUUAAAUAAACAUGAUGUCGUUCUCACCAUCGAUAUUUUAGAAAAAGUUGUUGAUGUUCAAAAUAGCAGUGAACUGCUUGGGGAAUCUCUUGUAGAAGCAGUUAGUAAUGUCUUGAAAGCUAAUAAGACUGUUCUUGCAGAAAGUGAGAUCACAAAUCGAACUGGAACAAGGUAUGUGCAGAUGUUGGAGAAGUGGUUAGCAAAUGUUAAGCCUGAGGAAAAGAAACUUGUAGAAAAUUCAGAAAAUGUUAUUGUCAAAAAAAUAUUCCUCCACAAGUAUAAACUGGAAGAAGGCGUCAAAUUUUCGCAAGGAUCCGGAACUAUCACUAUUCCGGUUGAGGCGUUACCUAAAAACCAAACCGACGAAUCUAUAUACUUUGUUUACUAUAAAACAAACAAAUUUUUCACUGAGAAGAAACGUUCGGAAGAACUGUGUGUAAAUGGCUACACUGUUAUUAAAGAAAGAGUGUACACUCCAGUUAUAUCCAGUGAAAUUGUUGGUCAGAAAACGAAGAAUCUUUCGGAACCUGUUAUUUUGAAGUUCAAAGCAAACGAAACUGCCGAUUUGUCAGAAUCAGCUUGCGUGUAUUGGGAUUUCCAAGCAGAUGGUGACAAGGGAGGAUGGUCAAGUGAAGGAUGUACACUAGAGAGUGUUGUCAAUCAAACUAUAACGUGUCAUUGUACACAUCUUACCAACUUUGCUGCUAUGAUGGAUAUCUAUGCUCCCACCAGUAGGAUAUGUGGCAGAUCACAAGAAAUUCUAACAUACAUUAGUAUUACUGGUUCAUUUCUAUCAUUGAUUGGACUUUUCCUCACUUUCAUCACUUACCUUUUAUUUGGACGCCUUUUAAAAGAAAUGGCAGCCAAAGUUUUGAUUCAACUUUGCGUUGCUUUAUUUGUUGUUAUUGUUGCUUUCAUCACUGGAUUUGAACAAACUGGAAACCAUUAUGUUUGUAAGAGUGUUGCCGUGGUAAUUCAUUAUUUCACUCUUGUUGCGUUCAUGUGGAUGUUAAUGGAGGCUGGUUUUAUGUACCAUGCUUUCGUGAGGGUGUGGCCACCACGCGAAGGAGGAGAUAUUGUUAAAUCUUCAGUUGUUGCUUGGGGAAUUCCCUUCUUCAUCGUCUUGAUCACAUUUUUGACGAGUAUGGACAAGUAUGGCGGCAACCAUUAUUGUCACGUGACUGGAAUUCCGUUGUACGCAGGAUAUCUGGCUCCCAUUGGUCUUAUUAUUUGCAUCAAUUUCAUCAUUUUUGUUUUCAUUAUGCACAGACUCAGCACCAGGCCUAAUGCGAAUACUGACCAAUCAACUAUCAGGAUUGCUUUUGUUCGAUUGAGACGCGCGUUUGGAAUUAUGAUCUUGAUGGGUUUAACAUGGGCAUUUGGAUUUGGGUCGGCGAUUAAAGGUGCCAGAUUAGAGUUUAGUUACCUUUUCGCCAUAUUCAACGGACUUCAAGGAUUCGCCAUAUUUGGAUUUUAUUGUAUAGCGCAAAAAAACGCGCGAAAAGCAUGGUAUAGAUUUUUCGUAUGCGAUACAAGAAGUGAUUUGAAAAGAAACACUGAUUCCUACUACGAGCGUAGAAGGUUAUCAUCUGCAACUAGUAACCGAACAAACACUUUACAGUUCAAUCGAAUGGGAUCUAGUGCAUCCAGUGUCUACCAAACACCUAGCAGAUGCAACACUGUAGUGUAUAACACAAGUGACAUCUCUGUCAUGAACACCAUUGACGAAGCUGAUUCUCCAAUCAACUCUUAUGACAAUGACACUUCCCCUCUUACCGAAUGUUUGAAUAAUCAAGAAAAACUUAUUGAUCUCGAUGAAAUGGAUGGAGAAGAAAGUAGUGCAGAGGAUGAAGUUUUGAAUAUAAAGUUGCGAAAAGACGAGCAUCGCAGAUCGAAACCAGACUUAAAGCAAUACAGUUCAUAUCGUGCUUUAAGUGGGGCUACUUCUGUAGAUAUGUUAAACUUGGCUCAAGCACCCUCUCUGCGGAGCUUACAUAAAGAUUGCUCUCACAGGAAAUCUGCUGAGUAUUUGUGUAAGAAAGUGCAGAAACCAUCAGAGAAUCGGAAAUCGAUGAUUGAACACAUACAAACACCAUCUCCGAACCACGCUAAAUUACGCUCUGUGAAAUCACUCGAAUAUGUGAUCGAUCGUGAAGAACAGGCAAUUCCAAUGACUGAUGUCUCAACGGUUGAUUUGAUCGGUUACCGUAAUAUUAACUCGAAUGAGUAUUUAACAGACCGCAACACACUAAGCUCAAACGACGCAACUGUUGUACCGCAAAGCAAUGCACCAAAACAACCUGACUUGUUAUCCUCGCCUGAUAAUGGAACCUUAAAAAGUGACGCCGCUACAAUGACAGAUAUUCCAAAUAAAGAUGCGCAGCUUAGGCCGCCAUUAUAUAACUUUAAGGGGCCCGAUGAUUUGGGCCGUUCACAGGAACACGUUAUGCAGUGGUUGCACGAUUGUGAGGAUGAUAUAAAGGACACUGAUAGUGAUUACUCGAGCAGCUAUUAUAAAACAUCUCGAUCAUCUAGCAUGACUGAUCUUGCCUCGCCUACCCGGAAACUGAGUUCUAUCACUGAUAAAGAUACUUUUAAUAUGAAAAAGGAUAAAGAAAAACAAUUAUUGAAUAACAUGGUUAUGGGUCACUUAAAAAGUAAUAACAACAAUACGGAAAACAGAAAGAAAAAACAUUCAAAACAUUCAUCUGUAAAUAGUAUAGAAGACGAGCCCAGUGAGUUUAGUGAAAAUGGCUACUCCGCUUCUGAGGAAGACAUUUUUGAUAUCGGACAUCAUAACAAUCACAAACCAAAAUCGAGAAGAAAAAGAUCGAGACAAAAAAGUUCAAGUAGUGUAAUGAAACUAGGGAAUCAGUAUAUGACGUUAGAUGAACCUAGUGCGCAUGUUUCAUAUGUAUAACACGCAUGCGUGGAAAGUCUAUUCAAUGUUGCCAAAGUUCAAAGAAGUUUUUAUUUAAAUUCAUAUAACCUUAUAAACGCUGUAGCAAAACGAGGCUGGUUACCUCGUUUUAAACUGGUUUUUAAUUACGUUUUUAUCUCGUCUGUUUGACCACGGACAUUGUGUUAAUUGUUUGUGUUAUUGUAUAUUUAUUUCUAUUUUAAACUUCUUUAGUUACUUUUAAAGUUUUAAACUUUUAAAACUUUUAAAGCGCGUUAAUUCUUUUUAGUCGCCAUGGUUAUAACAAAAACAGAGGCACAUGUUUGGAAAUUUUUUCGGGAGAGCUUUUAUUUUGUAUUAUAAUUUUUAUUUUUUGUAGCAAAUAAUUUUCUUUUUCGUAUUAUUUUUGUUAUUUUUAUGGUUCUGGAUGCUUUUAAGCACGAUUUUAUUGUCCGUGAUCAGGUGUUUUUCACUCAAACCAGGCUGCAUAAAAAGGUUAGAAAUUAUCUCAUCUAAGUCAGGUCAUUAAAUUGAGUUUAUUUUUCAAGAACUUUUAAAUUAUUGUUUGAUAACGUCGCAUUUUCGCUGAGCUACAAGACUUCUUUUGCUCGAUUUUUGCAUAAAAUAUUUUUGCUCGAUAUAUCAAACUCUAGUUUUUUUAUUUUUUAAAUCUCGUUAUAUAGUUGUUGUUAUUGAAUUUUACUUAUUUAUCGUAAACAAACUGUUUAAAAUACAUUUUAAGUAUUUAAACCUUAGACUUAUUGCAUGGACCACAAAGAGUAUUGUGUAGACCAAAAAGGGAGGAAUUUUGAUAUUUAACAGAAUACCAUUUUAGCAAUUG